GAAUAUUUCCUCAAUCUGGACUAUUCCUCUUGAAUUUCCAAUUUAUUACUUUACUAUCGUAAGUUUAAUUUAUGUAUUUGCACUUUAUACGUUCUCAUGUGUUGUUUCCCCUAUUGCACUAACCCGCAGUUAAUUUUUCUUUAUUUGUAUCGUUUCCUUUAGCCUAGGGUCGCCUGGUAGAGAUUGCUACCUUAACACAAAAGGCGGCCUUAUUGGCCGCCUUUUGUGUUACUGUAUCUAGUUUCAUGUACCUUUCUUACUGUAUUUCAUAGUGCAAUAAAGAAUAUUCAAUCAAUCAAUCUAGUUUAACAUAAAUUAGGUCAUAAUUUAAGAAGACAUCAAUUAAAAUGUCUACUUACAUAAAAAAUAUUGUUUGUUGAACAUAAAAAAUCCUCGUGUCGAAUUUUGAAUGAAUGCAAAAUAAGCAAUAUUACGUAUUGUUAUAAAAGGAAAAUUACUGAUUCGAUUUCGAUAAUAUUUAAAUGGGACCACAUCGACCCAUCAAGCUGUUGAAUAUGAAAAAAUUGGUCAACAAUUUGCGGGAAAUCGGUAAACAUACACAAAAAAAUCGUCGUCGAACAUAUAAUAUAACCUCCACCUUUCUGAUUUUGAAGAUGGUUAAAAACCUAACAAACCUUUGUUGGAGUGAGCUGAGAGCUGGGUGUUGCUGCACCAUAAUUUACUAUUAAUUAAAUUAAUUAUAAAUAGUAAAAUAAACAUACGGUAUAUAUUUAUUUUUACUUACCUUUUAUUUUAUUUCAGAUCUCUAUUAUAUAUUUAUAUCGACUUUAGUUUAUUAAAUAGAUAUUUCUUUUUUUGAGCUAUAUUUAUUUAGCCAAGCCAAGAAAAUAGAAAUACUUGAACCUAAUAUAUUCGGCACCAAACCGGAUAUUUCGGUCGAAUACGAUUAGUGAAAAAGAUGGCGAAUACGCUGAAUACCGAAUACGAAACGAAUAUUCGGCACAUCUCUAGUUUUUUGUAAACAUACGCUAGUGCCAAGCCGCUAAGUUUCAAUCUUGACUUAAGGAUAUGUACACAUGUAUUCAAUACUAAAUAUAUCGACUUUGUUAAAGAGGUUUUGUGAUUAAUAUAAUAAAUCUAUGUUCUUUACUCCUUAUUAAAACUCGCUUUCGAAUGACGAAUUACGAUAUGAUUGAGAACGCAAUAAUAGUAUCUUCAUCCUACAAUCAAGACUAAUGAUCCACUACCCAAUCCAUAUAAAGAUUAAGUAAGAAGCCCUAAGCAAAAAUAUAAAACGAGGCGGAGUCUAGAUCUAAAUUUAAUCUAACAUAAUGAAUAACUUUAAUCAGUAUUACGUAUAAUCUAUGAAUUUUAAUGCAUAUCAAAUCAAUAUCGAUUAUCCUGGUUGGUAUAACUAAAAUCAUUUUGUUUAUACGGAUGUGCAUUUUUUUAACUAGCAAGCUUUGGUGCUUGUUUACGUAAUAUCCUUUUCCCCUUUUCUAUCAAUCAAUGUCAAAUUCAAAAAUCGAUACCUGUUUCCAUAAAACUUUUUGAAUCACGUAUUUAAAUUUUUAAAUAGUGAUUACUUAGAAAACGCUUACUUUUAUAAUAAAAUUAUAUUCUUAUAAUGAUAAAUUAAUAAACAAUGAUACUCAACUAAAAUAAUGAAAAUACAAAAAGUACUAUGUAGAUAGAAAACCAAGCCUUCGCGCUUUUCUAUAUUUUGCGACUUUACUUUUAUCCUAAGACAUUACUUCAUUCAAAAUUUGAGUAAUUACGCUAUAAUACAAUGCGAGUUAAUAGCUCAUAACUUAUAAUAAUAGGUUCUACAAACAUUAAUUUUCACUCAAAGCUUACAAAUGAAAAUGAAAAGACAAAACGUGCGUACAUUAUCGCUGGUUGUCUGCACGUUCACGUACUUAUUAAUUGGUGCUGCUGUGUUUGAUGCCUUGGAGUCGGAAACGGAAAGCAAGAGAUGGGAAGUUUUAUCUGAUAUGAAAAAUGGGUUAGUCCGCAAAUACAAUAUCACACCGGAGGACUACCACAUGAUAGAGAUAGUUAUAAUAGAAAACAAGCCUCACAAAGCAGGUCCACAAUGGAAGUUUGCUGGUGCAUUCUACUUUGCUACAGUAGUAUUGGCCAUGAUUGGAUAUGGUCACUCAACUCCAGUAACUGUAGGAGGAAAGGCAUUUUGCAUGGCUUAUGCUGUUGUUGGCAUACCACUUGGGCUAGUAAUGUUCCAAAGUAUAGGUGAGCGUUUAAAUAAAUUUGCAUCGGUGGUGAUCCGACGAGCUAAGUGUUACCUGCGUUGUAACACCACUGAGGCUACUGAGAUGAACCUCAUGUUUGCCACUGGGAUGCUAUCGUCUAUUAUAAUUACCACAGGGGCUGCCGUUUUCUCAAGAUAUGAAGGAUGGAGUUACUUUGACAGUUUUUAUUAUUGUUUUGUUACUCUCACUACAAUUGGUUUUGGCGAUUACGUCGCUUUGCAAAAUGAUCAAGCAUUAACUAGUAAACCUGGCUAUGUGGCUCUCAGUCUUGUGUUUAUUCUCUUCGGUUUGGCGGUAGUGGCGGCUAGCAUCAACUUAUUAGUACUUCGCUUUAUGACUAUGUAAGUAGAAAUAAAGAAUUGUUAUUAUUCAAUGAUAUUAAACUAGUUUGUUUUAUAACCAUGAAAAAUAAUAUUGAAAAUGAUGCCAUAAAGGUAACUUGAAUCAUAUAUGUACACACUGUUGCACGUCAAACUACCACAAUAUGUCAAAUUUCCACAAUUGAGUAAAACUCUACUGUAAAUGUACCUAUUAAGGCUUAAAAUCAAGUGCAGAAAUUAUACAGUUUUGUAUAACCUAACGUGCUGUUGUAUGUGAUAUGUGAUGUAUUUAUUUUAUGCUAACGACCUUUUUCAUAACAGGCAAGCUGAAGAAAAUGCACGAGAUGAAGAAAAAGAGGGUUCAAGAACAUUAUUACCAAUAGAUGGUCAUGUUAUCACCAGUCGCCAAAGAUCACAUGACGACCAAGCUUCGGUAACUAUAGUCUUAUAAGUAAAAGACCGUUAGAUGUCGCUAUGUGAGUUGUUUACGUUCAUCUCUAGUCGGCGGUGUUAAGAUUUUUGCCGAUUCCAUGACCCCAUGUGAUCUAGUUUGUUUCGACAUCGCUUCUCGGCCUUUUGGCUAAGAUCAAAGUGUAGUAUCUGUUCUUUUCAGCUUAAUAUCUGAAAGUUCCCUCACUGAGGGACCAGUAUAUUAAACUGAUUUUUGUAAACCGAUGGGAUGUUCGGGGCUCGCUCCACUCCCGUCACGGGUCGGCCCGGCAUUGCAGUGCCGCCGGGAUUGGCCCACAUAAUCCAGAAAAUGGCCAUAUAUGCACUCUAGUAGGGGAGCCCACGAUGCUAAAUCGGGAUUUACUCGAGCGUCAUAGAGAUUGCCAAGCUUAAUGAUAACAAAAAAAAGUCAUAUAAUAUAUACGGUAUACCUUUUCAUCGGUGGGGGAAGGGGCUAUAGAUUUUUAAAAAUGUAAAAAAAAAAUUUUGUAUGAAUGAAUGAACAUACUCGAGCGCGUUAGAUAUUAAUAUCAUCCAUGUCCUACGCAUUUUUAAAAACUGUCGUAUGUUAAUUUGAUCGUUUCCAUGAUGGGGGUGGUUAUAAGUAAGGGUUGAAAAAGAAAAAAAAAAAUAACCGAGUGAUUCAAGUGAACCUCAAAAAAAGGCUCUCAUAUAAUAAUCAGACGAUUUGGAUGUGACGCAAACGAGUGACCAUAAUUAGAUGUUUUUUAUGUAGAAUACUUAUAUUUUAUAAGAAAAUGAUUAUAUGAAAAUUAUUUUUUUUGCAGUAUUUUUUAUUAAUUAUCAAUUUCAUCGCUAGAAUCAUCUUGACGGGAAACCAGAGUGGGGACGGAUUGAGAGAGUAAUAGAUAGAAAAAGAGAGAGAAAUAGUGAUGCGGAGAAGGAAAUAUAGGUAUCACGUAGCUGCACGCAUUAAAUCUUAUCGAUGAAUUUUUAUUACUUCGGCUUGUGAAAAUCGUCAGAUUAUAUAUUUUUCGUAAUACUUGAAUGAUUACCUUC